AUGGUGAGCUACUUGGUGCCUCAAUGGCAAAAGUUCGAAAUCCGUUGGAAGCACUUUGUAGCUAAGGGCAAGCCGAACCCCAAGCGGGAAUUAAUCCCACCCUUUGGGUGUGGGAACAUCUCGUGGUAUUUACCAAAAGAAAGAAUGAAAGAAACACAAGGGGAGAAGAUUGAAAGUUUCCCAUGA